CAUAAUAUUAUGUUUGGUCAACAAAAUAGUACUCAAUACUAGUGUAACUCGAGCUAUAUCGUAGAUGGUUUGUAAGAGUAUUUAAUUUGUAGAAUACGAGUUGAAGUCGUAAUGAUUGUGUGAAAAACCAAAAAUACUACUUUAGAAUGAUAGCUUUUUUAGCAUUAUUUAUAUUGGACGAAAUCAGUGAUGUGGCUGGACACGACAUAUCCCAGGUGAAGACUGAAGACGUUUACAUAUACGAAGGGGAUGAUUUUGCCCAAAUACUAAAAACUACCUUGUUCGUCGAUAAAACUUUGCUUAUUAAAAGGUUUUUCGACAAAGUCAAGCACGGUGAAGGAGUUCUAAUAUUGACUCCAAAGAAAUAUGGAAAAUCGACAAACAUAAACAUGUUAAAACGCUUCUACCAAAUGAACGUAAACAAAAACUGUGAAGCAUCAGAAGCAGAGAAGUCUUUAAACCUAAGUUUAUUUAAAGAAAGAUUCUUAAAAAUAUAUCAAAUUAGUGAUUUCUUCAAUCAGCAUUUUGGUAAAUACCCCAUCAUUCACAUAGACUACAAGUCUUUGUCGAAUACAAAAAAUGUUGAAGAGUUUUUCGGGAAAUUCUUCGGGUUAGUCAUGAUGAAGACCUUUUUAGAACAUCAAUAUCUCCUAAACGACAAGCAUAUUUGGUCCUUAAAUGAAACUUAUAGCUGGAUUGACAAAGAAAAGUUCACGCAAUACAUUGAUUUACGAUUGAGCCACAAACUCUCUGAGACUGAUAUUAGAACUGGCUUUAGUCUCUUAGCCAAGCUAUUGCACAAACGAUUUGAGAAAAGAGUGAUUGUGCUGAUGGACAACUACGAUGCAUUUAUAGAUAGUCCCUUAUAUUCUCAAACCCCCAACAUAUUUCACUUGUUGAGUGCUGUCAACUUUGACCUCCUAAGGAGCUCGAGUGUUGAGAGAUCUUUAGUGACAGGUCAGCUGCGGUCUGGACGGGGAGUGUCACGUGAAGAACUCCUACCAUCCAAUGUGGGGGACUGCGAGGCUCUGCAUGAGUUCUACGGACUGAGUGGUCAGGAGCUAGAGGCUCUGUUGGAGCCAUACAUACAGGAUGACGACGAAAGGCAGAAAGCUAUCGGCAAAAUAGUGCACAACUACAGUGGCUACGGAGUGGCCACCCUAGAGGCCGACGACGGGGGAAUCCUGACUACCCAGGGGGUCAGCGUGUGGUCAGUUGUGCAGUAUUUGGAGAAAGAGCUCAACGUUGAGAACAUGAGCUCGUUGGUUUAACAAGCUUUGCUAAAUCACGUUAUCACACCAUAGCUAUGAUUUGAAUCACAGUCAUGAAGCUUGGAUUUGAAUCACACAAGAAAUGUAAGAAAAUCCAUAAUGGCAAUGGUUGCACAGAUUGUGCAAACAUUCUCUCAAUUAAGAGAGCAGGGCACUACUAGUUCGUCUCUCAAUGAUUUAAGAAGAAUAUUUUAUA